AUGGAAUUCCGAAUUGAACUGUGUCCCAUGCACCAGCUGGCUGAGGCAAGGGAUCAAGACGACAACUGGACCGGGUUAAUGGACAGGGCAGCCAGGCGCAAGAGACAGUAUCGUCUAAAUUCGCGAUCAUACAGAAAGAGAAGACUUUUACAAGACAAAUCGGCCCUGCAAACGGCUCAACCCGGAGCCCAUCUUCUCUCGUCCUCCUCAGCAGUAGAGCAGACGAUUACUCAUAAUCUUGAGAGUCUGGGGUUUACCUGGCGAUGCGUUCAUCGCACGCGCCACGCUUCUGGUGCCUCGGGAUCAUCUCCAAAAUGCGUAAUUGCUACUGCGCCUUCAUUCACGCCAUUUCGCCUGGACGGGAGUACAGUGAUGCCACUAUCUUCUGACCAUCUAAUUCCCCUCGUGCAAUUCAAUGCGUUUCGCGCCACGUUAACAAACUUGACGCUUCUAGAUGUAGCGCAUCUCAUCCCGCGUGAGUGCAACAUUGCCGAUGCUCUGCGCAAUGCACCGCUCUUUAAUCUUCCGCCGGUACUGCCGCCUUCACUGGCACCAACCGCGCUCCAGCAAUUUGUGCCACAUGAUACGUGGAUUGAUCUUCUUCCUGACGCCACUAUGCGUGAUAACGCUAUUCGUACCAUGGACAUGUUCUGCGCCGAAGAUAUAUGUGGCGAUAUGCUUGGGAAUCCUCGCCAAGGAAGAAACACUAUCGAGUUGACUGGAGUCUUGGUCUGGGGAAAUCCGUGGGAUGUCAGCGGCUGGGAGAUGACUAAUGGUUUCUUGAAGAAGUGGGGGUUUCUACUCAAAGGCUGCUGGGAGGCCAUGGCAGCGACAAACUAUUGGAGAGCGCAGAGGGGAGACGAGCCGCUUGUCUUCGAGAUUUCAUAG